AUGAGCUCUACAGAAGUUAAUGGCUUCGGUGGUGAGAAGCGGGAAGAGAAAUACGUCCGGUUCCCCUGCGUUGAUGACGAUGCGACUCGGGAUGGCAAGCCGGUGUUAAACAAGUACUCGCAUUUCAUCACAAAGGACCAUGACUUUCCCGGAGCUCAGGCCAUGUUGUAUGCUGCUGGGGUACCUGAUAGGGAGAGCAUGAAGAACAGCCCCCAGGUAGGCAUUGCGUCCGUAUGGUGGGAGGGCAAUGCCUGCAACAUGCAUCUGCUGGACCUUGGGAAGACCGUCAAGAAAGCCGUCACUGGCCUGGGGAUGCUGGGCUGGCAGUACAAUACAAUUGGCGUCUCUGAUGCCAUCACCAUGGGCCAUGAAGGUAUGCGGUUUUCCCUACAGUCAAGAGAGAUUAUAGCCGAUAGCAUUGAGACGGUCACCUGCGCGCAGUACCACGAUGCCUGCAUCGCGAUUCCCGGCUGUGACAAGAACAUGCCGGGAACCGUCAUGGCCAUGGGACGCCAUAACCGACCAUCUCUGAUGAUCUACGGUGGUACGAUCCAGAUUGGCUAUUCCAACGUCUUGCGGCAGCCAAUCAAUAUAUCGACGUGCUACGAGGCUGCGGGAGCGUAUGCGUACGAUAAGCUCAAGCAGCCGGACGACGGCGGCGACCAGAGUAAGACCAAAGACGAGAUCAUGGAGGAUAUCGAGAGACACGCCUGUCCCAGCGCCGGUGCCUGCGCGGGCAUGUUCACGGCCAACACAAUGGCCACUGCUAUCGAGACCAUGGGCCUCUCCCUGCCCGGCUCGUCGUCUACUCCGGCAACGGCCCCGGCCAAGAUGAGAGAGUGUGUCAAGGCCGCGGAAGCCAUCAAGAUCUGCAUGGAGAAGAACAUCCGGCCUCGGGACCUGCUCACAAAACGGUCGUUUGAGAAUGCGCUGGUGAUGACCAUGGCGAUGGGCGGGAGUACCAACAGUGUGAUCCAUUUCAUCGCCAUGGCCAGGUCGGCAGGCGUGGAGCUGACCCUCGACGACUUCCAGCGCGUCAGUGACAAGGUCCCCUUUAUCGCCAACCUCUCGCCCAGCGGGAAGUACUACAUGGCCGACCUGUACGAGAUCGGAGGCACGCCGUCCGUCCAGAAGCUGCUCGUAGCUGCCGGCCUGCUGGACGGAGACAUCCCAACAGUGACGGGAAAGACACUGGCCGAGAACAUUGCCUCUUUCCCCUCCCUCUCACCGGGACAGGAUAUCAUCCGCCCUCUCGACGACCCGAUCAAGACCACCGGACACCUGCAGAUUCUGAGAGGGAACCUCGCUCCAGGAGGCGCCGUGGCCAAAAUCACAGGGAAAGAAGGCACUAAAUUCACCGGUAAGGCUCGAGUGUUUGAUCGUGAAUCCGAACUAAACUGCGCACUCUCCCGCGGCGAGAUCCCACGGACAGAAAAUCUGGUCCUCAUCGUCCGGUAUGAAGGUCCCAAGGGCGGUCCCGGCAUGCCAGAGCAGCUCAAGGCCAGUGCUGCUCUCAUGGGCGCCAAACUGACCAACGUCGCCCUGAUUACGGACGGACGGUACUCGGGCGCCAGCCACGGCUUCAUCGUCGGCCAUAUCGUUCCUGAGGCAGCCGUGGGUGGUCCCCUGGCCAUCGUCCAGGACGGAGACGUCAUCACCAUCAACGCAGAGACGAACGAGCUUUCGAUGGCCGUUUCUGAUGAAGAAAUCGCCGCAAGGCUCAAGAACUGGACGCCGCCGGAGCCGCGAGUCACUCGAGGCGUCUUGGCGAAGUAUUCUCGAUUGGUUGGAGAUGCAUCUCACGGUGCCAUGACCGAUUUGUUCUGA